UGUUUUUAACUAUAUAACGUUUAUACUGUUCUUGAUUUGGCAAAGAUUUAAAAUAUCUUAAUUUUUGUAUUGGUUCGUGUAGAAAAAUUAUGAAAAGAACGUGUCCUUUAAAUAUCAUUCUGUUCUGAAAACCAAAUAAGAACAUAACUUCAGUUUCAUGAGUUUCUGUCUGUUUUUGGUAUAGUAUCGGUUAUUCCCCUACUCAUUUGUCUCUCUUAGGCGAUUGUGCAUCUAUAGUUCCUUUCAUAAAAGAAUGUAAUUAUUUUCGCGCAUCUCUGCUAAGUUCAGAAAGUUUUCCAUCUCCAGUAUGUUUUCCCUUUACCAUCUGUUUCUCACUUCAUAAUCAUGUAUCCGGUGGACAAAAAUAUAUGAAUGAAGGGAAGAAGUGAUGGCGUGGGAAGUAUACUGAACAAAAGAUCACUAGGUAUGUCGCAAAUGCAGAAAAGCGCAUGCGUGUUAUCUUUGAUUACGGAACAUGUUAGAACCAAUUAGAACCAAUGUGCGCAGAAUGAACGGAAAACUCGUCUUCCGAUAAGUACAUUCUCUCGUGAUGGUGACUGUAUCUUCCAUAGUGUCGUAUGAAACAUGAUCAUUGCAAUAUUCAGUUAUUGUUUACGAAAGUGUUGUUUUCAAUAACAAUCUUUAGUUAUAGUUUUUAUUUUUAAAUAAGUGUCAAAAAGAAUGGAACCCUCAACUAGCAGAGUUGCACCAAACAGAAAUCCCAGAGGAAAGGUUGUUCGAUCUCAAGCGAAGAAAAUGAUCAUAAAUAUAUAUCAUGAGAAAUUAGAGGCAUAUCCAAAUGCUACAUAUAAGGACAUAAGAGCAAUGGUAUCCAAGACAAGUGGAAUUGGUGUUGGGACAAUUUCAGCUGUCCUGUCAGAAUAUAGAAAAACAGGGAAGGUUUCCUCACCCACUGUAACACGCACUAAACCAGGAGUAUUUGACAAAUUGAAUGAUCAACAGAAAUCAAAAAUUCGACAGCACGUUCAUGACUUUUGGCAUAGAAAAGAAGUUCCAACUGUUAAGAAGAUGUUGGAAGUGGUCAAUAUGGAUGAAGAUUUACCUACAUUCAGUUCCUCAAGCUUUCGUCGUGUGCUACAACAUUUAAAUUUUGGAUAUGCUAAAAGUGGUCGGAGUAGUGGCUUAAUUGAACACCUACAGGAGGCAAAUAUACAGAUACCUAUAUUUGAUCAUACAUAUACACCAUCUGCUCCACAAAUACAAUUGCCCAUAAGCCUUUGUAUGCAGAAACAAAAGAAAAAUAAAAAGAAAGUUACUAAAUAGUCAAAUAUUUUUCAGAAAAAUUGCUUUCUUUAAACAUGUAUUAUUAAUAUUGCAUGAAGGAACUUUGCAGUUUAAUCACUUCAUUGCAUUAUAAUAUGCCUGUAACUGCAAGCGAAGAAUAUUGUAUUGUUUCCUUGGUCUAGCUGUAUCUGGGUUAUAAACCCAAAGCCAUUGCAUUCUUUUAUUGACAAACUACCAUCUAAUUUAACAUUUGCGUCUGUUUCAUCAUUACUACUAUUGUUAGUAUGAUCAAACGAAUUAAGAGUUAUCGACACGGCAUUUCUGCACAGUCGAAUCGAAGCGUGAAAACAUUUUGACAUACGAUAAAAUGUAAUAACAAUAUAAAAAUGUGAUGUAUGUAUAUAUGUAUACAUAUUCGCGUCACACGCGAAACGUUGUUAAACGGAGUUGAAAUUUUGUUUUUUUUAUUGUUUGAAAUAAUAAAUGUUUUUGAUUUUUAUUUCUACCACUAAAAGCGCUGUGAUGUAAUUCCAGUCCCAACUGAUAUAGUAGUAUGUGACGCAGGAAUGAUAUGAGAGUGUAGAAUUUUUUCAGAUACGUAAUCAAAGAAACAUUAGGUGAAAGAAGUAUGCAAAUAUCUCGUGUGUAAUUUUAUUAGCGUUAAUAAGCCAAGUACUGUUGAAAAAAGUAAUUAUAUAAGUUUCAUUAGUACCAAAGUUUUACCGCUAGGUGAUCAUUGUAUAUGCCUAUGGAUUAAACUUAUAAAACAUG